AUGCCUAUUACCAAUCCAACCUAUGUGCUGCCAGUUAUUGAUAUAUCACCAGUGAUAGUGAGUACUACGUCCACUACAGUAGGUCUUCGGUGGAACGCAUGGUCUGAAGAAGAUGACGUAGGUGAUUCUCCUCUGGUAGGAUAUAAUUUAAUUGUAAAGAAGGAUGGUGACUGGGUAACGGAUCAGAGAGUAGACCAACCCACAACAUCAGCCAUAGUUAGUAACCUGACACCCGACACAGAAUAUAGGUUUCGUGUAGCAGCAGUGAGGGAAGGAACAGGUGGAACAGGGCCCGAGUCUCCUAGGAGUGAAACAAUAACUCUCUGUAGAAAACCCAGUGCUUCUCCAACUGGACUACAAGUUUCAGCCAUCAACCCUAAAGAGCUAGAGGUGACAUGGGAGCACCUCCCGUCGGAAUCAGCAGAAUGCAGGAGUGGAGUGACCCAUUAUAUGAUCUACUACGCUCCCUCUGGUUCAACUUCUUCAAACUCUAUCUUGGUUUUUCGUGACACUAGCUCCUACACGAUAAGAGGAUUAGAUACCUAUCUGGAAUAUACCAUUCAAUUGACUGCAUCAAAUAAAGACGAGGAGGGUGACAAAAGCAGUGAGACUAUGAGCAAAACACUUGAAGAAGUCGCGCCUACUCCUAUCAAUGUGGCUAUACCCCAGAGUACUACAAGCUCCUUCACUGUAUCCUGGUCUACCCCUCUACCAUCUAACAUCAAUGGUAACAUCCAGAAGUAUGUCAUCCGCUACAAGCGACCUGAUCCAGCUGGUGAUGGCAAUUAUAAGAUGGAGGAACUAUUGACUGGUGCAUUUGAUGGACAACAUACUGUGAUGGACCUGGCCAGUGAAAUCAAUUAUACAGUUCAGGUCCAAACUGUCAAUGGAGCUGGUUCUAGCAAUUGGUCCGAGCCCGUGAAUGCAAAGACUAUCCUCUCAGCUUUGAGGCUAGCGGCUGCUUUGAGGGUUCGUCGGGUGGCGGUGGUUGAUGUACGGGUGUCUGUCGGGGUGGUGAGGGCGGUGCUGGAGGCGGUAGUGGAGGAGGAGUGA